GGAGGUAGGGCCCUGCUCACAUAGUAUGAGAGCCAAGGAGUGACUUCUCUUGGUGUCUCUACAGCCUCUUUCCCAAGUAGAAGGUGAGGCUCCCCUGUCCACAGGCAGGUAACAGGCAGAAGCCACUAGCCACAUGGUAAGUAUAUGAGCAGGGGGCACUGGCACACGCUCAGCCUGAAGAUUCAGCUCAGGCUAUGAAAAUAAGUGGGCUGCAGUCCUGACCAUGUCCUCCUGUCCUCUGAAGACCCUGAGGGAAUGAGAAGCAUUCCCAUUUUACAGAUGGGGAAACUAGGAUGUAUAGAGAGGCAGCUGGCUUGCAAAUCAAAAAACCUAGGUUCUGGCCUUUUGUUGUUCUUCGUCUGUGUGACCUUGGGCCAGUCACUGCCUGUCUCUGGGCUUAAAUUCCCCCAUCUGAAAAACAAUAUCUCCCUAACUUCCCUUCCAUAUACAGCCUUCUAGGAUUCCUUGACCUGGCUCAGUUGGGGAACAGGUAAGCGAAAACCCCAGAUAACCUGAUCUCCGCUUUGCCACCUCUCAUCUCUCUGGCUGGGAGCAAUGUUUGUUCUUGGGCAUCCUCUGAGCCAUGCAGAGGGCUAUAGGGCUGGUGGGGGAGGGCUCGCAUUCAAAACAAAGCAAAGACAAAGAGAACCCAACACCCUGUUUAUGUAGUGAGUCAGCCAAACACUUGCUAGGUUGGGGGUGUGUGUGUGUGUUUAGUUGUUCCAGGGCAAGCCGGGGCUGGUGGGGUGACAAGGAGCAUCCUAGAGUUUGGAGAAUGAAGCAGCUGGGGGAGUCAGCACAGCCCUCCCCCAGACACCUCCCACCCCACACCAUUUCAGUCAGCUGGGAAAAAUAAAAAUCAAGUGAUGGGUGAAUUUACUCCGCAUUCCUCAGCACAGCCGGACUCCUGCUGGCUCAGUGGAGAGAGCUGUUUUCAUUAUCACCCUCUCCCUCCCCCAUAACAGUCCUUCCUUUCCAAGCCUGGCCUAUUUUCUAGCGGGGGAGGCCUUAGGAGGACCGGCCUGGGACCUAAAGUCUAUCUAGGGCCCUAAAGUGUUCCAUGGGCUUCCUGCUCCUGGGAGGUCCAGCCUCCCUCCUGCACGAUCUUUUCAGGGGUCCAGGGGUGGCUCAGCCCCAGGACUCACCACAGAAUUCUGCGAUCUCAGCCAGCUCCUCGCUCAGCGUGUGUUAGUGUUUAUAGCAGGUCUCUCCGAAACAGGAUUUGGAGUUUCCAUCUAAGGAAGUGCUUUGUCCAGCUUGCGAGCGGGAGAAGGAGAUCACAGCUCCCCUGGCAUUUCCGAGGGGCUGCCCGAUGUGGAGGUUGGGAUGGACAGCCAGGUGUUCGGCGACAUGGACCAGGUGCGGAUGACCUCGGAGGGCUCGGACUGCCGCUGCAAGUGUAUCAUGCGGCCGCUGAGCAAGGACGCGUGCAGCCGCGUGCGCAGCGGCCGGGCGCGGGUGGAGGACUUCUACACCGUGGAGACGGUGAGCUCGGGCACCGACUGCCGCUGCUCCUGCACCGCGCCGCCCUCCUCGCUCAACCCCUGCGAGAACGAGUGGAAGAUGGAGAAACUCAAGAAGCAGGCACCCGAGCUCCUCAAGCUGCAGUCCAUGGUGGAUCUCCUGGAGGGCACCUUGUAUAGCAUGGACCUGAUGAAAGUGCACGCCUACGUCCACAAGGUGGCCUCCCAGAUGAACACGCUGGAAGAGAGCAUCAAGGCCAACCUGAGCCGGGAGAACGAGGUGGUGAGGGAGAGCAUGCGCCACUUCAGUGAGCAGCUGAAGCACUACGAGAACCACUCAGCCAUCAUGAUGAGCAUCAAGAAGGAGCUGUCGAGCCUGGGCCUCCAGCUGCUGCAGAAGGAUGCAGCCACAGCCCCCGCCGCUGGCCCAGCCACUGGCCCUGGUAGCAAGGCUCAGGACACAGCUGGAGGGAAAGGCAAAGACACCAACAAAUAUGGCAGCAUGCAGAAGAGCUUUGUAGACAGGGGCCUCCCAAAAGCUCCUAAGGAGAAGCUGCUGAAGGUGGAGAAGCUGAGGAAGGAAGGCAGCAAGAGCAGAUUCCCCCAGCCCACAGGCAAGCCCCGGGCCCUGGCCCAGCAGCAGGCUGUGGUCCGAGGCAUCACCUACUACAAGGCAGGCAGGAAGGAGGCGACCGAGGCCGUGGCUGACAAUGCCCUCAAGGGCACUUCCUGGCUGGAGCAGCUGCCGCCCAGGGUGGAGGGCAGGCCAUCUGAGCCCAACUCGGCAGAGCACGAUGAGGCCAGGCCCAGGACCUCAGAGGGAGUGGACUUGGCCCCUGGCACCCCUGCUUCAGACCCCACCCCCACCCCGACUCCCACCACCACCACCAGCCCCAUGUCCACCGAGCCACCUUCACGCCCAGAAGUCCCCAGCCAAGGCAGAGAGGCGAGCUGCGAGGGCACCCUCCGGGCCGUGGACCCCCCUGUGAGGCACCACAGCUACGGACGCCACGAGGGAGCCUGGAUGAAGGACCCCGCUGCAAGGGAUGACAGGAUCUAUGUCACCAACUACUACUACGGAAACAGCCUGGUAGAAUUCCGCAACCUGGAAAACUUCAAGCAAGGCCGCUGGAGUAACAUGUACAAGCUGCCCUACAACUGGAUCGGCACGGGCCACGUGGUGUACCAAGGUGCCUUCUACUACAACCGCGCCUUCACCAAGAACAUCAUCAAGUACGACCUGCGCCAGCGCUUCGUGGCGUCCUGGGCGCUGCUGCCCGAUGUGGUAUACGAGGAUACCACGCCCUGGAAGUGGCGCGGCCACUCGGACAUCGACUUCGCCGUGGACGAGAGCGGCCUGUGGGUCAUCUACCCUGCCGUGGACGACCGCGACGAGGCCCAGCCCGAGGUGAUUGUGCUGAGCCGCCUGGACCCCGGCGACCUGUCCGUGCACCGCGAGACCACAUGGAAGACGCGGCUGCGCCGGAACUCCUAUGGGAACUGCUUCCUGGUGUGCGGCAUCCUGUACGCCGUGGACACCUACAACCAGCGGGAAGGCCAGGUGGCCUACGCCUUCGACACCCACACGGGCACCGACGCCCGCCCGCAGCUGCCCUUCCUCAACGAGCACGCCUACACCACCCAGAUUGACUACAACCCCAAGGAGCGCGUGCUGUACGCCUGGGACAAUGGCCACCAGCUCACCUACACCCUCCACUUCGUGGUCUGAGCGGGACCUGUGCUCAAGGAGAGGAGUGGCAGUGGGCACGGGGGCUCCUCACAGCUCCUGGAAGGGACUCCGUCAGCAGAUAUUUAUUGGGGGCCAGGCCCAGAGCUGGGUGCUAGGCAUGUGCCCGCCAGGAUCGAGCUUUCUUAGCACCCGGGGGAAUAAUUGCUUCCACUUGCAGAGCACUGUGCCAAGAGCUUCACGUGCACUAACCACUUAAUCCUCCCGACACCACCCUUGGAGGUAGAGAUAGUUAAGCCCAUUUAACAGACGAGGAGACUGAGGCUCAGAGAGACGAUAUCCCUUGCCCAAAUAGUCUUUUUGGAUCAGGCAGGCCACGCUGUCCCACAGCCCCAUUUUACACAUGAGAAAACUGGUCCAUGCUCUCCCCUCUCCCCUUGAUUCUCUUGUUCUUUCAACUCUGUCUCCCUUCCCGGGGCUACUCAAAACUCGAAGCCUUCAGGACCAGUGCACGCCCAGCUCUGCACACCACUCCAGGCCCCUGUUCUGGCUGAGCUGUCGGUGGCCCUGGACUUUGGGCCCCUUGAUUAAUGUCCCUGCUCCUUGCCUUUGGCCAGCACCCCCCCGCCCCACCCCACCUGCUGUCAGACCACAUUCCAAACCUCCACGGUCACCCAGCCACUGAGCAGAAACCACACCCUGAGAAAAAAUACCGGCCCCUGUUCCAAGGCCCCCUCCCUCUGUGCUCAUUUGUAUUUUUUCUUGUUCUUCAUCAGUGCUGUCAUCUGUUUCUGCAGCAGCAGCUGAGAGGGCUGUGGGCAGCUGCCUGCCAGCAGCAGCUCUGCCAGGGUGGGGAGCUGGGCCAGGCCCUGAGGCUCCCUCUCCACCCAGGAGUGCUGGCUUUGGCCACAUACCCAGGCUGUGGGACCUCUCCCCAGUCCCCCCCUUCCAGAGCCUUUGGGCCUGGGGUCCACCUUGUCCUUUCUCUCUGGGCCUUUAAACCCACAGCCUCUACACACUCAGGGAUACUUUCAGAUCUGCUAUGAGCAAGACCCUAGGCCCAAGGCCACGGUGCCUCCAGGAGGAAACAGGUUCCCUCUUCCUUGUCAGUCAUGGCCUGGUUGUUUGGUGGGAUGGCCCAGCAGCCUGGGGGGCUGGGGAUGGCUGAGAUCUGAGCAGUCAGGUCCAAGAGAAGCACUGGACCUUCUGGUUGCAGAGAAGAGCCGGAGGGUGGAAGCUGGGAGGGAAGGAGUGGACUGGGCUUUUCCUGGCUUUGGCGAUAUUGGUCCAGGGCUGCCCCGAGUCCAGGACUUGGGGCUGAGGAUGCACAAGUGGACCAGCUCACCUGUUGCUGCUGAUGGCUCCCCAGAGCCUCAGCCCCGGGCAGCAUGGAGGACAAGACCUUCAAGCCUGCCCUUAUCUGCUUUGAAUGGUAUUUUUAGAGCUGGAAAGUUCUCCAGUCCAACCCCCUAUAUCACCAAAGGAGAAAUAGGCCCAGAGAGGUUGAGAGGGUGGCUCGGGGCCACACUGGGAAGAGGACACAGCUGGUCUCCUUCCAGAAGGGCUUCCUCUGUAUCCUUUAUUCUCCCAGCUUAGAGGCAGCUCUGCCUACGAAGGCAAUAGCUACCCAGCACCCAAGCCAUCCCAGCACCUUUGAAGGGUGUUUACUGCUGACCCCUACAACCCUGGCCGUCGCUCCCCUCGUCCUGCCCCCUUGCCCGCUCCAGGGAUUUCUGUGUAUUUGAACACCAAGCUGCACACCCGAGAUGGUGAGGAAAUGCGUUUUGUGCAGAAUCCAUUCUUUCAGUCAUUGUCAGGUGAUGUUUUCUUUAAGCUGUAACUCAUCCCUGAAACAGAGGGGAAUGAUGACACCCACCCAAGGCAGGCCUGACUCAUCGCGGCGGACACGUCCAGCCUCCCCCGCCCAGCCAACGGCCGCGGGCUCCACUCGCAGCCUCUUCAGGGGGCUCGAGGCCCCGCGUUUCCCUAGGCCUUGGGUGUGGGUCUUACAAGACUGUCUUUCGUGACAUCACGGCCCAACCAUGUGAGGAGCAUUCAGGCCCCUCUUUCUCCCCGAGUUUGAGAAAAGGGAAAGUUCGUAUGGGCUGACUUUGAAAAAGGACGAACAAAAUUGGUUUUCGGGGGUGGGGGGGAAUGAUGCUGCCUGCAGUCCCCAAACAUUUGCUAAGCCCUUUCUGUUUUCAGGCCCUUGUAUGUGGGUUAUGCGGUAGGUCUGGUAUUUUCCUCAUUUUACAGAGAGUCAAAGUAGGACCCAGAGAAGUUAAGUCACCUGUCACGUAGGAAGUUAAGCUUAGGUUAAGCCGUGUUUCAGAAUCAGGUAGCGUUACCGUUGCUGUGGGUCGAGCACCGAGAGGGGCUAAGCGUGCCACGUGCGUAUCCGUGCAUCUUCCCAACGGUGGCAGGUAUCUACUCUGUGCCCAUUUUACAGAUGAGGACACUGAGGUAAAGGGUCUUACCCAAGGUCACAGCAGCUUUGUCUGUGGCAGCGUCGGGGUGUCAGGGCCGCUCAGGACGUAUUCUUUGCCAGCUGUGUGCUGCUCCUGUGGCCCCAGAAACGGUGGCUGUUGCUUUUUAUCCAGUGUGGCCAGGCCACAGACUGCAUCUAUGUAGGAGACCCACAAAGGAAGUGGGGUCAGCUUGGAAAGACCUUGACUGCAAGGCCGAGGGGUGACCGCCUCCAGUCACAUUUGGAACAAAGUCGUGUUUAAAUUAACAGAAAAAAGAAAAUUCUUAGAUAAUUGGAUUUCGUCCUGUCAGUGGAAGGGUUUUUGUUUUGGGGGAGCUGAAGCCAGCCCACAGCUGCAAACCUGGGAGCCCCAAAGGAGACCUGACCCCCAUCAGCUCGUUUUUACCUACUGUGGGCUUUAUCAUGUUGGCAACAGGUCCUUCCAACCAGGGUGGGCCUGGACCGGGAGGGCCGCGUGUCCUACCAACCCCAGCUGACAAGGCACAGGCAGCUGUCCGUGGUGUUUCUGAACAAUGUGACACAUGGAGAGGCUUCAGCUGCCACCUCAAUUCCUCCCUAGAGAUUUCCAGGUCUUCCAUUUAAUCUGCUCUGUCUGUGGCAUCUGCUUUGGGGUCAGCCCUAAAGGUGAGGCUGGGGAUUUCCUGGGAAUGAUCUGAGGACUCCUGAAAGCCCACAUGUCCCAAAGCAUCUUUUCCUCUGUGACGGCAUUGGAAACCACUCUGGUGACGGGAGGACACAGCCCCGGAUGGCUGUCCAGGAGCCCUGGGUAGGAGUUAGGGAGCCCUGGGUAGGAGUUAAGGAGUCCGGGUUUGGAAUUUGGCUCCCCCUCUCACAUACUGCGUGCUUGGGCAGGGUAGGGACUGACAGAAGGGACAGAUGUCAACUCCCUCUUGUGGCUGGGGACCUGCAGCUUAGGACAAACAGCAGCUGAGGGCCUAAGCAGCACCCUCCUAGAGCUAGAAGGCACCUUUGCAUACAUUAUCACUAAUCCACCCAGGAACCCCCAAGGUCAGCAUUAUUUUUCCCGAUUACAGGCAAUGAACCUCAAGUUCUGAGAGGUUAAGCAACCUGCUCAGGGUCACGCAUCUAACAAGUAGUAGAGUCAAGAUUUGAACCAGAUCUGUUUUUAUACCAAAGCCUUAAACUAACUGUUAUUAGGAAUCUUGUAACCAGUCAUGUUUUCUUCUUUGCUUUGGCUGCCGGGAAGCUCAAUGUCAAAUUUGAGAUAAUUUUUAACAAUUGUACUGAGUCUCCUACUGGACUCUGGCUUCGUUCUAGCUUUCUGCUUUUACUUUUACCCUGAUCUCUUUAUUUUUAUUCUACUGUAUUUUAUCUAUUUUUGUAAGUUGCCACAAUACCUUUUUUUGCAGUGAGGUAACAUAUACCUAAAUAAAUACAUGAUCAAAAGCUUGA